UUUUUCGUCAAUUCAGGCCAGCAUGGGAGGGACGCUCCUGCUCCCUACUACGUCGUUCAUCUACGCCUGUUCCGCACUACAUGCCGUCCCGAUCCCGUGGAAUAUGAUUCAAGCCUCCGGGCACUCGGGGUUUUUACCAUUUCGUACUGCACACCGCAACCAUCCAUGGCUCCACGGGUCGAGGACUAUGCCCCACGGCUGAACGUCACGAUAUGGACCCUGACAGGCGUGGCGGCGCUCUUCCUGGGUCUACGGCUCUACUGCAAGGUGCGAAGAGAAAGACCGAUUCGAGCAGAUGACUAUGUCCUGGUGGCCAGCUGGUUCGCGCUUGCGACGUCGUGCUCGAUGCUUUCUUUCAUCACGACCAUAGGCUACGGCCGACACAACGCCGACAUCGCUCCGGGGAACUUCAACUACAUCCUUCUCAUCUCCUACAUGGCCGGCUUCUUCUCCAUUCUCGCCGCUUGCUGGAGCAAGAUCUCCUUCGCCAUCACCCUGCUCUACAUCGUCACCGGCAGCCGGGUCAAGGCGCUCCUCUGGUUCAUCCUCGUCACCGUCAACCUGGUGUUGGGAGCCAGCGCGACCAUCCAGUUUGCCCAGUGCUGGCCGCCCGAAAGGCUCUGGCACCCCGGCGGCCCCGGCCAUUGCUGGCCACGGAUUGUAGUGAUUCGCUUCAACAUCUUCGUGUCCGCCUACUCCGGUUGCAUGGACGUGGUCUUGGCGUUGCUCCCGUGGGUGGUUGUUUGGACCGCGACCAUCAGCAAGAAAGAGAAGCUGAGCGCGCUCUUCGCCAUGAGCAUGGGUGUGUUCGCGGGUAUCACGUCAUUCCUCAAGAUCAAGACUCUGGGUGCGAUUGGGAGUCCAGACCUCACCGACAGCGUCAACCUCCUCAUCUUCGGCUCGGCUGAAAGCGCCAUCACCAUUAUCGCCGCCUCAAUUCCCAUUUUGCGAGGGCUCCUCUAUGUGAGCAAAAAGCAGCCCAGGCCGCAGUUCUACCAAGAGCCUGCCACAAAGUUACAUGCACCUAGCGCGGCGAGAGUUCAAAAGGCGCAAUCAACGGAUCAGGGUUACGACUUCCAAUGGUUGAAGUGGUCGCACAUGGACGAGGAUGCCGAGGACAAAGAGAGAGAGACAAGAUGGUAAGCGCCAGGGUCAUGCAGUUUCAUUUCGGUUGUGCAUUCUUCGUACACUUGUGGAUUCCCAUAAUGUACCAUUAAUUGCUUUGCGAGUUCAGACCAAGGCUGGCUUCUCGUUGUCUCGGGACCAUUUCCCUUCUUAACAUGGCAGCUCCCAGCUCCUAGCGAA